AUGUCCGACGCCAUUUCUAACCUUGGAGGUGGUGGCCUCUCGACUCCGUACUUGGCGAAUUUGGCGACCGCGCUGAGCUACAUGGCCGGGUGUUUGAUUACCCUCUUUGGUGGUCCUUUGAUCAACAAGUUUGGCAUCAAGUGGUCAAGCAUGAUUGCCGCAGUGACGAUGCCGCUUGCUGGCUCAGCUUACUAUCUGGUUGGGGGCUUCACCAACGGGUUUCUGUACGUUGCUGAGACUACCGCCAUGUUGUCCUAUCCGGACCCAAAUGACAGGGGCUUUUACUUGGGCAGUGUCAUGGGAGGCGCGAUCAACUUUUCGACCAACUACUCCAAGGCAUCCGCAGGAGGCAUUGCGUGGUCUACCUAUCUUGUUUUUGUUGCAUUUGGUGGGUGUUGCUGCAAUGUUCUUAAUGGAAACCUCUAA